AGAAUACAUUAGCUUGGUGGUCAGUAGAAGAAUGGUUCUUACAUUGAUGGUUAUUGGGAAGAAUGGUCCCUGCAUUGGUGGUCAGUGGGGAAAAUGGUUCUUAGUUUGGUGGACAAUGGAAGAUUGGUUCUUGCAUUGGUGGUCAUUGGGAAGAAUGAUUCUUACACAGGUAUUCAUUGGGAAGAAUGUCCUUUACAUUGGUGGUUAGUGGGAAGAAUGGUUCUUACAGUGGUGUUCAGUGGGAAGAAUAUCCCUUACACUGGUGGUCAUUGGGAAGAAUGAUUCUUACACUGUUAUUCAUUGGGAAGAAUGUCCUUUAUAUUGGUGGUCAGUGGGAAGAAAGCUCCUUACAUAGGUGGCCAGUGGGAAGAAUGUCCCUUACAUUGGUGUUCCCUGGGAAGAAUGUUCCUCACAUGGGUGAUCAGUUGGAAUAAUGGUUUUUACAUUGCUGUUCAGUGGGAAGAAUGUCCCUUUUACUGGUGGUCAGUGGAAAAAAUGCUGUUUACAUUGGUGGCCAAUGGCAAAAAGGGUUCUUAUUUGGGUGGUCAUUGAAAAGAAUAGUUUGUACAUUGGUGGUCAGUGGGAAAAUGGUUCUUACAUUGGUGGUCAGUGG